AUGGAGCCAGCUCUUGGAGAUAGUGACUGUGCCGAGGUCCAAGCGGCGAGUCAUGACGAGAAGGGCGAUUCUGUCAAUAACGCAGACCUCUCACCCUUUCCAGAAGGAGGAUGGCGGGCAUGGUCGGUAGUGCUGGGUGCAUGGUGUGCCAUCUUCCCAACGAUGGGAAUAAUGAACCUGAACGGGCUCUUAGAAGAGUGGCUGGCAGAACACCAGCUGCACGGUCAAUCGAAGGCUUCCAUCUCGUGGAUCUUCAGUCUGUGGCUCUUCCUCUUCUACCUAGGAGGCAUCCAGAUCGGGCCCAUCUUUGACGCUCAUGGUCUCAAGUAUACCCUUAUCCCUGGCUGCAUCGGCAUGUCAUUGUCCAUGAUGGUUUUCAGCGUCUCCCACGCAUACUACCAGUUCAUUCUGGGAUUCAGCAUCCUGGGUGGGCUUUCCGCAUCGGCAGUAUACACCCCCAGUGCCGUGUGUAUCACGCACUGGUUCCUCAAAAGGCGUGGCCUAGCAACUGGGAUUGCAACAACGGGCGGUGGUGUCGGAGGAAUCAUUUUCACCAACGUGUUCGGUAUAUUGAGCAUCCGGAUCGGGUUUCCCUGGACCAUUCGCAUCCUGGGGUUUAUAUUCAUGGUCAGCCUCACGACCAGCGUCGUCUUCCUCAAAGCACGUCUCCCGCCUAGUCCAGCAACGGGUAGCAAAAUCGACAUCCGCGCGCUCAAAGAGCCGGUCUUCACUAUGACUUCCAUCGCGGUCAUCCUCGCCGAAGUUGGCCUCAUAGUUAUAGUCACCUAUUUCCCUUCCUACGCACAGUCCCACGGUGUCACGGGCGCUCUCUCCUACCAGAUAAUGACGAUCGUGAGCGCAACGUCCAUUGUCGGCCGGGUCAUCCCCGGAAUCUUAGCGGAUUUAUGGGGCCGCUUCAACGUCAUGUUUGUAACCUGUGCUGCGUGUACUAUCCUCUCCCUGGGGCUGUGGUUCACCGCUGGCACCGACCAAGCUAGUAUCCUGGCGUUUGCGGCGCUGAUCGGAUUUUGGAGUGGACCGGCGAUAAGUUUGACACCAGUAUGCGUGGCGCAAAUAUCCAAGACAGAGCAUUAUGGCAAGCGAUUUGGGACGACCGUUUCGCUGAUGGGGGUCUGCUUGUUGGUUGCCAUUCCUGUGGCUGGUGAGAUACUGAAGGGGCAGAACCGAGGAAACGUGAAUGAGAGGGAAUAUUCGGGGUUGAUUGUGUUCUGUGGCGUGGCGUAUGCAGGGACCUGCUUGUUUCUGUUCCUAGCUAAAGGAGUAAGUGUAGGAUGGCGAGUGACCAAGAUCUUCUAA